AUUUAGGAUGGAUAAAGAUAUGCGUUGCAGCUUUAUACAUAUUUUAUACUUGUGACGUAAUUGUUGGUUCUUCUGAGACACCGAUGACUAAGUACAUGUUCGUUUAUAACAGACACAAAGUAGUCAUUGAUUCGAUAAACAAAUACAGUUUUGCGCAAGUGGAAAAACAUCUUCGUUAUCUGCAGAAAGAACUAACAUUUAUCACGAAUGGAGGUGGAUUUACUAGAACAUUGAAAAGAAAGUUGGACGCAAUAAUUAAGAAUAUUAAAAAAAAUCUUAAAUUAAUAAAGACACCAAGUGAUCAAUUUCUGAAGGGAUUGAAUGACAUUAAAGUGCAAAAUGGUGCAUUGAAUGAUGCCAUAAAAAAUCUCAUAUUCAGUUGGAAAUACUAUGGGUACAAUGACCAACUUAAAGCUUUGAACGAUAUUUCUAAAAAGCAUAGCAGAGAACUUGGGUCAAAAGUUGUACAACGCAUGCUAACACAGCAAACGAAAUUAAACAAGGGUUUGAAGUCAAAGAAACUAAAAAUAAGUAGUUUUCCAACGGAAAAGUACUUCGAAGGUGAAUUACUAGGAGGCAAAAGAUUUCAAGAUUGCGGAACAACAGGUAGUAUCCCUAUUGUCGCCCCGGCCAAUGGUUUGAUUACGUUCCAAGACGAAUGUAACUCAACUAUCAAAGUAAAUUGUGACUGUGGAUUUCUGCUCAGCGGAGUUGCAGAAUUUGAACGAGCGAAUUAUACUGAAAAUAUUGCAUUCUGCCAACCAAAAGCUAUAGGAUAUUGGCCUCUUAACAAAAAGGAUGAAGGAAUCAACUUCGCUGGUGUAAUAUCAGAGAACUGUGUGAGGGGAAGAGAAAAGGGACCAAUAAAGGUAGCAGAUGCAGUUUUGGGCAAUGACGCUAAAUUUGUCAAUGGUGUAUCAGGAAAGGAGAAUGAGGCUGUACAAUUGGACCGAUCCUAUAUAAGCAUAUCUAACAACGGAUAUCUUACGCCUACAAGGGACUUCACGUGGAUGUUCUAUGUGAAGCUCGACAAAACUAGUGAACCAUUCAUACCAUUACUGCAAUACUCGAAAGUGAGAAUGGGAGAAAUGUGGAUUGGAGUGAAUAAGAAUGAUGGAAUCGAAGCAGGACUCAUUGGAAAUAAUGUUAUUACUGUCGAGAGCGAUGCUGCAUUAGAGUCAAAUACAUGGUCAUACAUUGCCGUCUCCUAUAAACAAAACGAUAUAGAACAAAGUGCAACUCUGCAGCUCUACGUAUUUAAUGCCUCAAACCUCCGAUCGUUUAAUCAAAGAAAAGUGACAUUACAUCCAAUAGGAAGAAUUGGGACAAAGGUCACUGAUAGCACGUCUAAUGUGUUUAUUGGAAAAGAUGCAUCUACACCAAGAUGUUUUGCUUGUCUGAAGUUUUGCGCAGCUGCGUUAUCUGAAGGCCAAAUAGCAAGGGCAGAGGCGGGAUGUAGACAAGAUAUCCUAAUUGGAAAAUGGCCGUUAAACGAUGAGAAUAUACUAGAUGCCAGUAAUAACAGCAAUCAUCUCAUGGCCACCGGUCCUUACACACCAUUGGUGGACGGACCAAAACAAAGCCGUGCAAUAUCGGUCCGCGCCCCAGAGCUUAAAUUUCAUCUCGAAGAUGUCAAAAUUCCAAAUACAUUUACUUGGUUAGGAGCUUUCUAUAUCGAAGAAAUGAUUGAACAAACAUGCGCUUUGAUUGACUUCUCAGAAAAAAAUGAUCAUAAGUACUAUCAUAGAUUUCAUAUUUGGAUUGAUAAAGACAGCAACAAUGGUCAGAUUAAAAUUAUGGCCGGCCUACAAAAACCGACACUAAAAAACACGGUAAAGAGUGAAAGAAUAUUCUUAAAACAAUGGUACCACGUUGCCUUUACAUAUAUUGGCACAACGGGUUAUGCCACGCUCUAUCUUAAGGAAGAAGAUAGCAAUGACACGGGCUUGAAGAGCUAUUCUGCUAUGAUAGGAAAAGACCAAAUAGAAAUGACUGCAACUGGAACAAUAGGUGGCAGUGUGAUAAGGGAAAUGCCGAUGAGGGGGCGAAUUACAUGUAUAGCAUUAUAUUCCGAUAGUCUUACAGAAGCAGAAAUUAAUAGACUAACCAGGAGAUGUCUGGGUGAUUGGCCGAAUUGGUCUGAUUGGGGACAUUUUAGCGAUUGCCAUGCAUCUGAAUGUAGGCCAUUGAUCCGGAGUAGAAUGUGUAUGGACAAGGAUGGUUCAGUCCUCGAUGACAGUAGGUGUCCAGGGGAAGGCAUUGACUUUGACCGAGAACCAGCUUCGUGCGAACUAUGCACAGGUGAAAAGAUUGCAGGAGGGAGUAAAGUCAGAACAGGAAACUUUUCAUGGAUCGUUUCACUUUCGGGCUCCGAAGGGCAUUUUUGUGGUGCAGCUAUAUUGUCAGCAUCAUGGAUCUUAAGCGCAGCUCAUUGUAUCUGUCCAGAAUCACCAAAAGACGUUUGCUGUGUCGAUUCAACUAGUGAAGGCUGCAAAAACCUAACAAGUACGUGGAAAGUAACAGCAGGUAAACUAAAACUAUCUGCAAAAAGGGGUGGACAAACAAGAACAAUAAAAGCCGUUUAUGUUCACAAAAACUAUAGUACACUUGGUCACAAGCAGGAUCAUGACGUCGCACUUAUCAACCUCAAUGCAGAUCUAGAUUUUAAAGAUUCAUUGGUUCAGCCUGCUGUAAUUACUGGAAAAUGUGAAACUUAUAACACCGACGAAGACAUGUGCAGUGAGACACACGCAAAAAGUGUACUACGUCAGUACUGCAGAAUAGCAGGAUGGGGAUAUACAGGGAGAGCACAGAAACUAGCAGACGUGCUACAAUCGUUAUCUUUACCAAAUGGGGUUGACACGGAUGAUGAAAAUAGACCGUACUAUCUAAGAAGCAAAGCCCCAUCUAGGUCUACGGCAUGCAAGGGUGAUAGUGGUGGACCAUUGCUAUGUGACCCAGAUAGUAAGCAUUUGAGUAAUACUACUCGGUUGAUGGGCAUCAUGAGUUAUAUUGAUCCUGUAAGUUGUGGACAUGACCAAGAUAUAAGUACAUAUCACAAUUACGUACCUUACUUUCUACCAUGGAUCGUUGGUAAGGUAAAAGAAUAUGACUCUUGGAAUUACGGAUCAUGUGUGUGUAACAAUGACAAAACAAAGGGAACGCAACAGAACCAUAGGUCUUGCCAUAUACCACUUAAUAUUGAUGAUCCAAAAGAUACUUACCGGGUCUGCGGAAAGAAAGAAACUGUUGAUUGCUCAGACAAAUGUAAUGGUGGCCCUAUUGUCACCAAUACCUGCACACAGAAAGAAUUUAAUAACAAUUCUUUGGAAGUGAUAAAACGUCUAGACAAUUUAAGAGUUGGAUUGGAUGAUGUUGCAGCUAAUAUAACCAGAAUGGCCAGGAUCCAAUCUGACACGAGCGCUAUUAUUGGGGACAUCGUAUUUUCCAUUAACGGAUAUGAUCUUGGUAGUAAAUGCUCUAGCAAUGACGAAUGUUGCGUGGAUAACUCCAGGUGCUUGGGAAACAGUUGCACAUGUAUGGUCGGGUUUAUCGAGGUGGCAUCUGAAUGCAAAGCCAAAACGGGAUGAUAGAUAUUCGUAAUGAUGAUGUGAAUGAAAUGGGUGAUGGUAAACAUAUAUUCUGAUUCUAGAUUUAUUUGUAAGAACAUGAUCAAAACCUGAACUAGCAGAAGCAAUUCGACAAUUAAGCAUGACAUAAGUUUACAUUGUAAAUAUACACCAUUGUUCAUAAUUAUGGAGUAUUUAGAAAACCAUUGAUUUAAAAUAUUUCAGUGUAUCCUAAAAUUUGGAUUAAAGGGGUAUAGCAUUCCAGGCAUUCGUUAAGGACAGUAACCUCAUCGAUGAUAAAUGAAAAGUUCCAGAAAAUUAUAAAUUUAAAAAAAUUAUUCCAUAUCUGAUCAACUGUGUAUUUACUCUAUAAACCUGAAUCGAAAUCAUUAUGUUAGCGUAAUAUGGAUGGAAACAAUAAUAAAGAUAUUGAACAAUGCAUUUGGAAUUUUGUUGUUUCUAUAU